AUGUCAGGCCAAAUGACCAAAGGAGAUGCUUCGCGCAUCCAAAGCGGAAAUGCCAAGUCCGGAAACGACUCUGGCUUUGCUGCGCGUGCGCAGUCCGCAGCAGACCGGAGCGCGAAUACUGCUGCUAGCAAAGGCAGCAAUGGAGGAAACGGCGGUAACAGUGGAGGAGCUAAGAAGGGUUGA